CCUGCAGAGGGGGCACUUCGCGUCAUAUUGACGUGGCCAGCCGAGCGAAAGUGAGGACGUUCAGAGGGAAAGAUGGCGGUUGUGAGGAACAUACAGAAACUAUGGGGACUCGGUGUGGGUGCGAUUCGUCAACACGCAGCUCUGAGAACAUCCAGAGUCCUACAGCAAAGAGCUUUCCGCCUCAGUGGAGCUCAGUGCCAGGAGUCGUUUGAUUCGUCCUUGGAGAAGCCUCAGUUCCCCGGUGCCUCGGCAGAGUUCAUCGAUCACCUAGAGUUCAUCGAACCCAACGUGAUCGCAGGAAUCCCUGUGUAUCGCGUCAUGGACAGACAAGGCCAGAUCAUCAACCCGUCCGAGGAUCCACAGCUCUCUAAGGAUACAGUGUUAAACUUCUACCAAAAGAUGACGCUCCUCAACACGAUGGAUCGCAUUCUGUACGAGUCUCAGAGGCAGGGCCGUAUCUCAUUCUACAUGACCAACUACGGUGAAGAGGGCACUCACAUCGGCAGUGCUGCGGCGCUCGACUCUAACGACCUGGUAUUCGGCCAGUAUCGAGAAGCAGGAGUGCUGAUGUACCGCGGUUUCCCUCUGGAUCUGUUCAUGGCACAGUGCUACGCUAAUGCCGAUGACGUCGGGAAGGGCAGGCAGAUGCCGGUGCACUACGGCAGCAAAGACCACAACUUCGUGACCAUCUCGUCUCCUCUGGCCACUCAGAUUCCUCAGGCGGCCGGAGCAGCGUACGCUGUAAAGCGGGAGAACAGCAACCGAGUGGUGAUCUGUUACUUCGGCGAGGGAGCUGCCAGUGAAGGAGAUGCUCACGCCGGCUUCAAUUUCUCCGCCACGUUGGAAUGCCCGAUUAUUUUCUUCUGCCGCAACAACGGCUACGCCAUCUCCACCCCCACCCAUGAGCAGUACCGUGGCGACGGCAUCGCUGCACGAGGCCCAGGCUACGGCAUGUUGUCUAUCCGUGUGGACGGUAACGAUGUGUUUGCCGUGUACAACGCGACAAAGGAAGCGCGGCGUAGAGCAGUGGCCGAGAACCAACCUUUCCUCAUCGAGGCCAUGACCUACAGGAUCGGCCACCACAGCACGAGUGACGACAGCUCGGCUUACCGCUCAGUGGACGAGGUGAACUACUGGGACAAGCAGGACCACCCUAUCUCUCGCCUCCGCCACUACAUGACCGCGCGCGGCUGGUGGGGUGAAGACGAGGAGCGUACAUGGAGGAAGCAGUCACGCAAGCUCGUCAUGGAGGCCUUCGAAAGGGCCGAGCGGCGUCUCAAACCAAACCCGGAGUUAAUUUUCACUGACGUGUAUGACGAGUUAACUCCAGCCUUGGUCAGACAACGAGAUUCCAUGAUGAGGCACACGCAGCAGUACAAGGAGCACUACCCCUUCGACCUGUACGAGAAUUAAUCACUACGUUUCAGAAUUCAAAUAUACUUAGUCACUUCCCCUAGCCACUUGGAUUUAGGGGAUUUAGGGGGUGGUGAUGCUGCAUCUAAAAUGGGAGACGUGACAUAAUUAAACAAAUUCUAACAAUCAUGAAGCACAGAUACGUUCAUGUAGAUACCUCUGGUUCAUUUAUGUCUGGGACAUGAGACAUGAGUGUUGCAUAUUUCUCUGUUACACAGUAGAGGUCAUAAAUUUACACACGCCUUGCAGAAUCUGCGAAAUAAUAUUUAAAAAAAGAGGGAUCAUAAAAAUCGCAUUUAGUUUUUUAAAUUGAGUUCUGCCCUGAAUAAACGAUUCCACAUAACAGAUAUUUACAUAUAGUCCACAAGACACAAUAAUAACCGAAUUUAGACAAAUGAACCAAGAAGGCAACACGAUACAUUAAGAGCUAGCGGAGAGUAAACCAGAAGACAAAAUAAUAACAAUUUACACCAAUCAUACUGUUCAUAAGUUUACACCCCCCGCCAGACGCUUAAUGUAUCCGUUGCCUUCUUGAGCUUCAGUGAAUGUUUGCCCCUCUUGUAAUUGUCGUGUACGAGUCCUUCAGUUGUCCUCAGUGUGAAAAGAUGGAUCUCAACCUCAUAUAGCCGCUGUUGAAAGGGGUCAAAUGUGUAGAAGGUGCUGGAAAAGCAAAGAAUGUGCAGGACCUGGAGGAUUUUUCUGGUGAACAGUGUGCAGUUUAACUGCUCAGGAUAAACAAGGGACUCAUGAAGAACUCUCACAAAACAUAAAAACAGUCGUUGAUCAUCCAGGUAACGACACACAGUAUUAUGAAUCGAGCGUGUGUAAACUUUUGAACUGGUUCAUUUGUGAAAAUUCAGUUAUUAUUGUGUCUUGUGGACUAGAUGUAAAUAUCUGUUUGUGAAAUGGCUUAUUCAGGGUAGUGCUAAGUUUAAAACAAAAAAACAAAGUCCUCAUAUUUUUUAAAAUUAUUAACAUUUUGCUGAUUCUGCAGGGGUGUGUAAACUUAAGACUGCAACUGUAAGUUAUUAGCUAUUACUGUUGAUGCCCUCCGGAUUUCGAAAACACAUCAGAAAGGUGGCGUGUGUGCGCCGUCUGCCACUAGGGGGCACUACGUUGUACCUUUUUAUUAUCGCGCACUAGUGUAGUGGCGUGUGAGGACGUGAGAUUUUGUUCCGGUCAUGGUAUUAACUGCUCACUCGACACUGAUUGUCAUCAUUUAACCCGGUUUCAUUAUCACGAUCUUUUAAAUAUGAUUGUCUUUAACCGAUUGACAUGCAUUAUUGACAUAUAUACGUUUAUAUUAACUCGAAUGAUGUGUAUACACGCUGAUCUUUUUAAACUCGUUACAGUAAGCCAGCAGGUUGAGGAUCACCUAUGUUCAUGUUUCUGCCUCAGUGACUGUUUCCACAUCUGUGAAUAUGGUUAGUAAAUUAAAAAUGAUCAGGCGUUGAAGAACUGCGGGUUUUCGUUCUGUUAUAGGUGACUGUAUAAGCUGUAUAAGGAUGGGUCAAUGUCGUCUGUGUCCUUUAGUAUGGAUUAUGAAUUUGGAUUAAAACCUUUUCUUUGGUUUUUAAUUAAUUUAAAACAAACUGCUGCUCUUGUCAGAUUCCCUUCACUGUUAUAUCAUCUUUAGGAUGACAUUUAGUCAGAUUUACUAUAUUAUAUUAUGUUUGAAACAUUAAUAAAAUGAUUGUGAAACAUUAA